CAGAGCCGACUCUCGCUAACCAAAACACUGUUUCACUGCAGGCAGUUAUAUUCAAGCACUUCAACAUAAGUUCAUCAACUUGAGCUGAAUUACACAACAUGGCGACUAAAAGGAAGCGAACGCCAACGGUGCCAAAUAGCAGUUGGGUCGCCAUAGCUGCAGACUCGAGCAUCGACACGCAGAAGCACGGCAGUGACCCAGCCUUUGUGAGACUGAGGAACCCCGCCACAGAUGCGGCUUCUCUGUACAUGCUGAGUAGCGGUGACGUACGGCUGUUUGAGGUCAAAGCAUUUGAAGAAGAUUUCCACUCCUGGUUCGUCGGCCAGACCGUACAGAGAGAUGGGAGACUUCUCUUUGUAACACCGAUGGAUCCUCUCUUUCUCAUUAUGCCCUAUUUGAUCAAAUCUGGCAAAGAGGAGAAGUUCCAGCCUGUGGAUCAAGUUGUUGAGGAUGAGGAGUUCCCUCAUUGCUCGAGGCUGCUGAGCUGCACGCGUUCCCUGGCCUCCCUGCACCACAUUGCCGAGGAAAAAGAGGUGGGAAAACAGAUGUUCCACCGAUACAGCCCGGAGAAGACGAUGAACUGGUUGAAGAAAAAGGUGGAGAGGACGGUCGGCGUGCUCAAGGCCAGGAACGUCUCCGUGGGAGGAGGAGUCCAAUCCACCACGUACAUCAGAGUCAAGUCGGAGUCGGACUCCCACGACGAGGACUACCGGCGCUACGCCCACGGCCUGAUCUCCGAGUACCUCAGUGAAGACCUGAGCACAGCGCUGCUCCAGCAUCUCAAGUUACCAGAGCUCACAAGCCCAAAGGAGACAGAACCUCCUUCCAAGAAGCGGAAACUUUCCGGGCAACCGGUGGAGGCCGAGGAGGACUACACCAAAUUCAACAGCGCAGACUUUACGCGGAAACCGCCCAAGAAGAUGACUGCGGCUCAGAAAUCUCUGGCGAAGGUGGACAAGACCGGCAUGAAGACGAUGGCGUCCUUCUUCAGUCCCAAGGUCAAAGCAGAAAAGAAAUGAACGUUGUAGAUCUUCUGGUUUUGUAUUAUGAAACAUUUGAAAUAAAAGAAAUGUAUUUGA